AAACCCGGUGCAGGAGCGACAUUUGAAUGGACCUGUUUGGUGAGCUCCUUGUGCGUAACCCUCUUUCUGUCCGUCUUGUGCAUCCGUGAUGGACUCGCCUUGCUGUCGAGGUGCCGGCUAACAGCUGCCAGCGUGGCCGACAAGCGUCGCAGUGAUUACACUUGGCAUCACCCCGACCUGUUCUGUUUCCUCAGGACUCCGAGCUCCAUCCCAAAGAUGCUGAAACCCAUCCGGAGCGGCCUGUUGGCGAUCGUGGGCGUGCUGCUCUUUCACGCGGCCGGCGGCGUGAACAGCCAGUGCUGGCAGAGCAGCAGGUGUCGGGAGCUCAGCACGGAAGCUGGCCUUGUGGAGUGCAUCAAAGCCUGCAAGCUGGACCUGUCUGCAGAGUCACCUGUGUACCCAGGUAAUGGCCACCUGCAGCCUCUGUCUGAGAACAUCCGGAAAUACGUCAUGAGCCACUUCCGCUGGAACAAGUUCGGCAGGAAGAACAGCAGCAGCGUCGCUGGCCACAAGCGAGAAGAGAUCCCCAGCAAUCUCCUCUUUGGCUUCUUCCCUGAUGCUUCCCCAGCUCAAAGAGGAGACAACGAAGAAGAAGGAGCUGCCCUCGAAAGGCAAGACAGCAAACGAUCCUACUCAAUGGAGCAUUUCCGAUGGGGGAAGCCAGUAGGCAGGAAGAGGAGACCCAUCAAGGUCUAUCCCAAUGGGGUGGAAGAGGAGUCCGCCGAGAGCUAUCCACUGGAGUUCAGAAGAGACCUCUCUAAGGACCUGGACUACCCCGAGUUCGAGUCUCUGGAAAGCCCAGAGAGCGAGGAAGAGAUGGUCUCAGAGGAGGAAGAGAAAAAAGAUGGAGGGUCCUACAAGAUGCACCAUUUCCGAUGGAACACCCCACCCAAAGACAAGCGAUACGGGGGCUUCAUGACAUCGGAGAACAGCCAGACUCCUUUAAUGACUCUUUUUAAGAAUGCCAUCAUAAAAAAUGCCUAUAAGAAAGGCCAGUAA